CUGCUGCACAUAAAGUGUGAUAAUGAUGAACAUAUCUUUCAAAGACCCUCUACUUUUUUCUGGUGUAACAAUGAGGAUUCACCUCCUUGUUUAGAUAUCUCUUCCAUUACGCUUACUCCUAGGAGUUCUCCUGACUCUAGACUACCAUCUGGAUUGUUAAUACCACCACCUUCCAAAAGUGGUCUUCCAAAGCCAGCCAGUGAAUACAGCUGCCCAAGACCUCGUGCAGGCAGUGUGACACCUAAAUCACCCUCCACUGACAUCUUUGAUAUGGUUCCCUUUUCUCCCAUAUCCCCUCAGUCAUCAACACCUACUCGCAAUGGUACACAGCCUCCUCCAGUACCCAGUAGAUCUACAGAGAUCAAGAGAGACCUUUUUGGAGCAGAACCUUUUGACCCUUUUAGCUGCGGAGCAGGAGAUUUCCCUCCAGACAUUCAGUCCAAACUAGAUGAGAUGCAGGAGGGGUUCAAAAUGGGAUUAACUCUUGAAGGCACAGUAUUUUGUCUUGACCCACUAGACAGCAGAUGCUGA